GAGCUGGCCAGUGGAGACCGGCUGGUGGAAAGUGAAAGUUGCCUGGGUGCUCUCGGCGCUGCCGCCGGCUCUCCGCACCCCCGGGACGGCAGCGCGGCCCUCGGCUGGGGCGCGGGCUCUGCGGCGGCCAGAGAGCGAGCGAGCGAGGGCGCCGACGCGCCCGGCCGGGACCCAGCUGCCCGUAUGACCGCGCGGGGCGCCGCCGGGCGCUGCCCUCCCACGACAUGGCUAAGCCGCCUGCUGCUGCUGGUCUGUCUCCUGGUGAGCAGGGGUGUUACCGAGGAGGUGUCAGAGCACUGUAGCCACAUGAUUGGGAACGGACACCUGCAGUUCCUGCAGCAGCUGAUUGACAGUCAGAUGGAGACUUCAUGCCGAAUUGCCUUUGAGUUUGUAGACCAGGAGCAGCUGAAAGAUCCCGUGUGCUACCUUAAGAAGGCAUUUCUCCUAGUGCAAGACAUAAUGGAGGACACCAUGCGCUUCAAAGACAAUACUCCCAACGCCAAUGUCAUCGUGAAGCUCCAGGAACUCUCUCUGAGGCUAAGGAGCUGCUUCACUAAGGACUAUGAAGAGCAGGACAAGGCCUGUGUACGAACUUUCUAUGAGACACCCCUCCAGUUGCUGGAAAAGAUCAAGAAUGUCUUUAACGAGACCAAGAAUCUCCUUAAAAAGGACUGGAACAUUUUCAGCAAGAACUGCAACAACAGCUUUGCUGAAUGCGCCAGCCAAGAUGUGGUGACCAAGCCUGAUUGCAACUGCCUGUACCCCAAAGCCACCCCUAGCAGUGACCUGGCCUCUGUCUCCCCUCAGCAGCCCCUUGCCCCCUCCAUGGCCCCCAUGGCUGGCUUGACCUGGGCUGACUCUGAGGGGACAGAGGGCAGCUCCCUCUUGCCCAGUGAGCUGCCCCUCCGCACAGUGGACCUGGACCCGGGCACUGCCAAGCAGCGACCACCCAGGAGCACCUGCCAGAGCUUUGACUCUCCAGAGCCCACGGGUGUGGAGGCCAGUCCCAUCGGGGAUUCGCCUCAGCCCCAGCCCUCUGUCGGGGCUCCCGUCCCUGGGACGGAGGACACGCUUGACUCCGUGUUGGGCACUAACUGGACCCCGGAAGAGGCCUCCGGAGAAGCCAGUGAGGGUCCCGUACCCCAAGGGGCAGAGCUUUCCCCCUCGAGGCUGGGAGGAGGCAGCACCCAGGCCAAGACGACCGCCAGGCCCAGUGACCUCUUGUCAGCAUCUUUCCCACUGUCCCACGCAGCCAGGAGCCAGCAGCCAGAGGACACGCCUGGCAUCCCCCUGCCCAAGGUGGGCCCUGCGAGACCCACUGGCCAGGCCCAGAGUCACACACCUGGGAAGACAGACGGUCCAUCUGCCCCGGCCAGAGACCACCAGGAGCCAGGCUCUGCCAGGACCCCGUCACGGCCUCCACGAAGCCUCGGCAGCCCCUCGGCCCUCUCUGCACGGCCCAGCCCUCCCGGAAGGCGCUCCUGGGACCCCGUGCCGCCCCUCAGGGAGCUGGAGGGCAGAAGGAGCACCAGGGACCGGAGGAGCCCCCCCGAGCUGGAAGGACGAGCGAGUGAAGGGCGCAGGCCCUCAGCCCGCUUUAAUUCCGUCCCUUUGACUGACACAGGCCAUGACAGGCAGCAGGAGGGACCCCCUGACCCUCAGCUCCCCGGGUUUGUCUUCCGCCUGCUGGUGCCCAGCAUCAUCCUGGUCCUGCUGGCCGUUGGCGGCCUCCUGUUCUACAGGCGGAGACGGCGGAGCCAUCGAGAGCCUCAGACAGUGGAUUCUCCCCUGGAGCAACCAGAAGGCAGCCCCCUGACUCAGGAUGAGGACAGACAGGUGGAGCUGCCGGUAUAGAGGGGUUUCUAAGCCGGGCGCACAGGACCGUCUCUCCACGGGACAAGACAUGGGGGCAUCCACCACCACCCGUCCGCAGCCGUUCUCCUCGCAGUGUGGCCUGCCCACCACACGAGCUCCAGAGCAGCGAGGCUGGGGUCCCUCUGCCCUCGACCCUCAGACUCUGGACUGACCAGGAGAGGGCUGGAGGAUGCCCUCCAUGCUGCUGAUAUUUAUCGUGGGCCCUGGUGGCUCCCGUCCACUGGGGGAAGGCUGGGAAGCUCGGCUGAGGACCCUCCGCGCCUCAGGGGCUGUGUCCUCCUCCUACUCCCCUCCAAGCCACGCCUGGGCCAGGGACCCAGAUGCCUGUAAGACGUGGGAGAGCAGGGUGGGCACGGAGGAAUGAACGAGCCCUUGUGCCCAGAGGACUGCCUGGUGCCUAGGGAUGCCAGCACGACAAGCAGGAACUUGUCUCCGGUGAGAGAAGCAUGAGAUUGGCAGGGCGGGACAGCGUCGCUGGAUUUCUCGGAAAGGUGUGCAGCCCAAGAGAUGGGAAGAGAAGGCCUCUGGGCCUGUGGGUCUGCACUGGCGGCCCAGGUGCCCUCUGCUGGCUGCCAGGCAGAGAGGGAGGCCGACCCUGCCCUCAGGACCUGUCCGGCUUGGCUCCAAUGCCAAGGGGAAGACCGAGCUCUGGUAUCUGGCCCCGUUUCCCUCCAGCCCUGCCAGAGCUUCUCCGGGAGGCUGCGCCGAGGCUCCCCUCACGAAGGAAGCCAUUGCACUGUGAAUACUGAAGCUGCCUGCUGACCAGCCUGCGCCGUCCGACCCUGUGAGCGGGCGUCGGUCCGUCCUCCUGCCCCUCCAGCCUCUCGCCAGCUUCCCGCACUGAGUGCCCGAGCCGGCCCUUGCCUGUCGACUGAGGGCGCCCCUAAGCCCUGACCUUCCGCUGACCCAGCUUCGACUCCCCGGGGUGGAUGGGGUGGGAGAACGGCCUGGGCUUGCCAGCCGGAGCGGGUCUUCAGGCUGCGUCGUUCGCCCAGGUUCCUGCAUCUUGCACUUUGACAUUCCCAGGAGGGAAGUGACUGGGGGCGGGCGGGCAGGGAGGGCAGAGGCAGACCCAGAGGGAGGCUGCGGGGUGAGCUCCCGCUGAAAAUGGGUCUUUGCAGUUAUGGGUAUACCGUGGGGGGAGGCGUCUGCUCCCCGAUCCCCCCUGCCCAGUCUGCUUCCCCGUAUCACGCCCCCCCAUCGCAGCAGGGCUGUGCUGGGGGGGCACCCCGGCUGUCCCUGUGGAAGCCCUAACGCUGGGUUUGCUCUCCGGCCUCGCAGCACGGCCGCCAGCUCCCAUUCUCUCCCCACCCUCUCGUCCCCCACCUGGGUAGGCAGCGAUGCCCCCAGCUCUCACCCCUAUACUGUCUCUCGAGCCCAGGCCAGCCAGGGCAGGAGGGGGACCAGGAAUCUGCUUCCAAAUUUGUCUUAAGGGCCUCAGCUUCCUGAACCAGCCCAUGGCUGCUGCUCUGAGAACUGGCAGCGGGUGACGGGGCUGCCGAUUGCCCUCGGUCCCUCCUCUCCUGCUGCCCUGGGCCUUCCACUGAGAGACCCCACCCUUCCUGGCCCCUGGGCAGAGGCCCAUGACUUUUCUUCCUGCCCUCAAAAGUUGGGGUCUGCUGGUCCCCACCGCCCCUGCCCUGCUCUCUCAGCUGAAGGACGAACAGCGGGGAACGUGCCCUGUAGGGGCUCCUUCUAGUCACAGACUCUGUAUUUGAUUCUAGAGAGUAUGUAUUUAAAAGGGAAAGGGAAAAAAAAAA